AAAAUAAUAAUUUCAAAAAUUUUAAAUCUAUAAAAAUUUCUUUAAUAUUAUAAUAAUAGUAAUGAGUCGAUGUUAAAAUGUCUGUAUUUAUUAAAUCUCGUAAUAUUCUACGAAAAUCCUGGCACAUUCUAGGCCGAGUUCACAAUUUCAGCACGGAAACGAAUAGGCCUAAUUUAAAAAUUAACGAAGACUCACUGAAUAAAUACAUAAAGCAUCUGCAGCGGGAAUACGAUGGCUUAAAUAAAAGCACCACAAAUAUAUCGAGGAAGCACUAUUUGCACCGAAUAAUGGGCGUUUUAAAUGAAAGAAAAUCAGUGAUCGAUAACAUAAACAAUUUGAAGGAGCUUAUCGAAGACAAGGGCGAUUUGGGACAAUUAGCUAAGGAAGAAACUAAUAUGUAUAAAAAUCAAUUAGACGAUUUAGACAAUCAAUUAUUGUACUCUUUAGUGCCAUCUAGUAAAGAAGAUAAUUUCGAUUCGAUAGUACUCGAAGUACAAGCGGGUGUAGGAGGGCAAGAAGCAAUGUUAUUUGCUAAGGAAAUUUUCGAAAUGUAUACAAACUUUGCUGUAUAUAAAGGCUGGGAUUUGGAUUUAACAGAUUACGCAUCGACAGAAUUAGGAGGAAUUAGAUUAGCCUCAGCUCUUAUUCAAGGCCCUGGGGCCUUCCGAUAUCUAAAACACGAAGCUGGAGUUCACCGAGUCCAACGAGUCCCCACAACAGAAAAGGGUGGAAGAAUGCACACUAGCACAAUAUCUGUAAUAGCAAUGCCCCAGCCGUCCGAGAUCGAAAUUACUAUCAAUCCAGCGGAUUUGAGGAUCGAAACGAAGCGAGCUUCGGGGGCCGGCGGGCAGCACGUGAAUAAAACGGAAAGCGCUGUGCGUAUUGUUCAUUUGCCCACAGGAGUAGCAGUAGAAUGUCAAGUUGACAGAUCUCAGAUUAAAAAUAGGAGGUUGGCUCUGGCCAAACUGAGGGCUUUGCUUUACCAAAGAGAUUUAGACCAACGGUACGUAGAAUUGGAAUCGUUUAAAAAGAGCCAAGUUAGGACAAGGAAUCGAAACGAGAAAAUCAGAACGUACAAUUAUACCCAAGAUAGAAUAACUGACCAUAGGUUAAGUCUAAAUGUACAUAAUUUAAAAGCGUUUUUAGAAGGCGGGAAGCAAUUAGACAGUUUAAUACAAAAAUUGGAUGAACAUUAUCUAAAUGAAAGUUUGUUAAAUGUUCUAUCAGAUUAUGCUUAAUGAAAUAUAAUAACUU